UUAAGUGCAAAUUUAGUCAAUUAUGUACAACUGAACGAAUACAUAUCAUUAAAAAAUAAGCAAAAGUUAGAGUAAGGAAUAAAAGUGUAAUGUGAAAUCAAACCGAUGUUCGAGAAAGUGGACUAUCGAAAUGGUGUCGAAAAAUCGGACGAUAGUAAACCAAGGGAUGGUAAAGAUGGUUUAGCAUCGAAGUGUUUGUGCGUUGUCACGUCGAUGUUCCGUGGGUUUAAUGUUGGUUUGUUAUGGUCGGUGGUGGGUUUUGUGGUACUAGCAGGCUCAGUAGGGGGGAGCGAGUUCCCGGAACGAGAAUGUUGCGACCCAGUGUACCCACCGAAUACAGCUACGACAGCCGCUGCGCCUGUCACCCAUCCUGUCAGCAAACCAGCAGGGCCGGGUAUAAAAGGCACUAUGGCGAUCCUCAACUGCCUGCUGGCCCGCCAGCUAUGCUUCGAGGACGCCUCCUGCUCCGCUAUCCUUGAAAUCAUACCCCGCGUCUGUGGAUCUGAACUUGUGGCUUGCUCGACUGUGACUGUGACGAAGUGCCAGGCUGCUCUGAGGACUCUACAAGCGUUCCCGUUCUUUAAACCGACUUGUCUCUGUCGAGAGCCGAACGUCGAUCCUGAGUGUAAUUCGUUCCGCGACUUCCUGUUCGACCAUCCUUGCGUUUUCGUCUUGAAGAAGGAGAAAGACCCAUACCCAGUGGAGACUCUACCGACCUGCACGUAUGCCCUGAGUGUCUGCCACAGCGAGAAACCAUGCUCUAUCCUUUUUGAACGAUUCAAGAACGCCUGCAAAGCUCGGGACGGAGAAUGUCGCAUGGAAGAUAGGGAAUCGUGCCGUGAAGCCUGGUCUGGUCUCCGUCUCUCCCCUCUCUUCGGAUGCAUCUGCCCUAACACGCACAUGAAGAAAAGAUGCGAUCGCAUCUUUGCCGUCGUCAACCACAACCCGUGCGUCGUAAAGCUGAUGUCCGACGGUUGGCACGCUAAUCGGAACGCGACCCGCGUGACGUCAUGGAUCGGCGGUAUGUCCAUAACUCAAGACGGCAACCUUAUAACACCGGAUAAAAUUAUGACACACGUCCAUCGAUAUGCAAGUCCGCAUUACCAUCCACAUGGACAUCAUAGUCACCGCUGGAAUCACGAGCCGGGGGGGAGUGAGGACCCCCUCUAUGCCACCAAGACAGUCUACGGCCCCGGAUACAUUGAUGAAAACCAGAGAAUUGGGAAAGAGAACGGUAAAUCAGGUGAUGAGAAGGUGGCUCUGCAGUCUACGUGUCAUGUUGCGUUGGACACCUGUAUCAAAGACACCGAAUGUGUCGCGUCGCUCACGCCGGUGCUGCAGAAAUGCCACUCCACGGAUUGCGACAGGGAAGGAUGUAUGACAGCUCUGCGAGGAUUCUACCGCAAGCCCGGUGUCACCUGGAAUACAGAGAUCGCCUUCUGUCUUUGCAAGAAAACUGACAACAGGGAGGAUUCAUGCAUGAACGCUCAAGAACGACUUCACCCGUCUUGCGCUCAGCGGCCCCCUAUCGGCUCCCCUCUCCCCGCCUGUCAUACCCUGGCACACAACUGCAGGGAAGACCCUGAGUGCAGGAUUCGCCUGGAGAACUACGAGCAAUGGUGUGCGGUGGACGCGGUGACGCAGGGCUGUGCUGGCUCCCCGGGCGCGUGCCGAGCGGCGGUAGUAGCGGUGCUGGGAACACAGCUACGAGCCGCUUGCGCCUGCCGCGGCACUGACUUCGCCCAGCUGUAUGAUUGUCUCGGCUGGCAACGACUGCUCUGGUUAAAUCCCUGUGUUGUUGAAUCUCAGCAUGAUUAUCAUGUGAAGACAUAUGCCUCGCUGCUUACUACGACUCCUUUUGACAACGGCAUCCGUUACAUCACGGUGCCGCCAGCGCCAGGACACCGCACCACGCAUCACCAUCGCCACACCACGCAGCACGCCACGCCGCACGCCACGCAAGAACGCAACCAGGAAAAUCGUGAACUCCUCAGCCCUAUAACAACAAUGACUGAAGAGACAGCGCCUAACGAAGUCGGUCAGAUAUCCGAGCCGAUGGUGGAAACUACUACGGAAACAACCACCGUGGCGACAACCACUACAACAACCACGACCACCACGACAACUACUACAACCACCACCCCUAAACCUACCACAACUCUCGAACCAACUAAGUAUUGUAUCGUGAAGAAACCAGAAAGCGAUGAUCAAGCUCAGUACAUUAAGAUGGGGGAAACAAGGAGGCUGUACAGAUCAGCGGAGCUGGCGGAGUGCACGGACCUGUGCGUGUGCGAGGCGUCGCUGCAGGUGUCGUGCAAGGUGGCGUGCGUGCCGCGCGCGCCCUGCUCCUCGCGCCUGGCGCACUACUCGCACGCCGCGCCCGCCUACCAGGCCUACCGCGGCCGCUGCUACUGCUACUCCGGCUCCUUUAUCUGCAUGAGACCUAACCCUGGAGAGUACAAGCUGCCGGAGGGCGUGUACCUGCUGCUGGGGUUCAGCGCGGUGGACGAGGCGCUGCUGCGGCCGCACACGGGGCUGGGCGCGGAGGACGCCGUGCGCCUGCUGCAGCACUACCUGCACUACCUGCACCCGCAGGAUAACAACUGCACGCUGACGCUGUUCAACAUCAGCAAUGAGAACGUGAUCAUAUCGGCGAGCGUGCCGCCGCGCCUGCAGGAGACCCUCAAGGAGGCUGGAGAGGAUCUGCUGGAUAAGGAAAAGGAGGCGUGUAUCGAUGUAUUGAAAAUCGUGAAAUCUCGAAUAAAUUCUCAACACGAAGAUAUAUCUUCUCAUCUUCUGCUGUCCAUCUUCAAGAUCGCUGAAGUUGACGUGGUGUAUCCAACACCGCCGAGCUCUUCGACUAUAAUUAUCCGACCUCAAACUAAUAUUUAUAUGUUUCUAGCAUUUAAUUACGUCUAA